AUGCUGUCUUCCACUGUCCUCAGUGCUCUGGCACUCUUUGCUGCUGCUGUAAAUGCAGGCCCCUGCCGUCCGUCGACAACUUUAGCCGGAACCACUACUGAGGCCACCUCAACUGCAACUGUCAUUGGCAGUACUACCGAUCUCACAUCAACUACCAUUGAGAGCGCCACAGAGACUGAGACAACCGACAUUGCCACUACUACCACCGCCAUCGCUGAAGAGUCUACCACUACCGAAGCCGCCAGCACCACGACCACCGCUGCGGUAGAGGAGUAUUCGUGCUCUACUCCAGACGACUGUGUUGCCUACCCGGAUUUAUGUCUUGAUGGGCUGUUGAACUUGUGCGUUUGCUUGAACGCCGUUUGUACGCCGGCCAACUAG